AGAUAUCAUCUCCAAUUUCCAAGCAGACCUUCAGAGCAGAAUGGCCCACCAUAGAUGAUGGGUGGUAGGUAGACCAGAUCCCUUGCUUCCAACCUUCCUUCUUUUCUUCUAUUUUAGCCUUUUGGCAUCAGAAGAAGUGGAAGAAGAAGAAGAAGCUAAAAGAGGAGAAGAGAGAUUUUAGGGAGUUUGGAAAUCCCCUUUAAAUUCUCAUUCUUCAAUACAUUUUGGGUCUGUUUCGAUUACCAAAUGGAGUUGUUACAGACCCCCAAUCUUAAGAUUUUGGGUCUUAUUGUAGCUGUCGCCGCCAUCACUGUAGUUGCAGCUUAUCUCCAUCUAACCAAGAAACGAAAGGGCUGUUUGGAUCCUGAAAACUUCAAAGAUUUCAAACUCGUGAAGCGUACGCAACUCAGUCAUAAUGUGGCUAAGUUUCGAUUUGCCCUUCCUACACCUACUUCGGUCUUGGGUCUUCCAAUCGGUCAACAUAUAAGUUGCAGGGGAAAGGAUAGUGUUGGCGAAGAAGUUAUUAAACCCUAUACACCAACUACUCUAGAUUCGGAUGUUGGAUAUUUUGAACUUGUUAUAAAGAUGUAUCUGCAAGGAAGAAUGUCCCACCAUUUCCGUGAGAUUCGUGUUGGUGAUUACUUGUCUGUAAAGGGACCUAAGGGGCGUUUCAAAUAUCAAGCUAACCAAGUCAAAGCAUUUGGGAUGCUUGCUGGAGGAUCCGGCAUUACUCCAAUGUUCCAAGUUGCUCGAGCCAUCUUGGAGAACCCAAAAGACAAGACAAAGGUGCACCUCAUUUACGCCAAUGUCACAUUCGAGGACAUUCUUCUGAAGGAAGAGCUGGAUGGCCUUGCUAAUAACUACCCCGAUCGCUUCAAAGUCUACUAUGUUCUGAAUCAGCCUCCUGAAGUAUGGAAUGGCGGCAUAGGCUUCGUGUCAAAGGAAAUGAUUCAAACUCACUGCCCAGCGCCAGCACCAGACAUCCAGAUAUUGAGGUGCGGCCCACCGCCAAUGAACAAGGCCAUGGCUGCUCACCUUGAUGCACUGGGCUAUACCCAAGAGAUGCAGUUCCAGUUCUGAGCUUGCAUGCUAAAUUUCAGAGAAGGUCAACAAAAGAUGGUGACAGGGGACGGGUCUAAGUAGAGACCAUCAGGUGGCAUGUGCAAUAGAGAGUGAGAGAUCCGUCUUCAUAACAUUGUUUCCAGUUUGUACUGUCUUUAAUGAGUACAUGAGUUUCCAAAUUCCAAUCCAUCGCUAGGUACUACAUUACUAGCCAAUGACGUAUUACACAGCGGUCGACCUGAGAAUGUGUACUAUUUACUCGGGCCAUUUUGCACCCAAGGGACCCAUGGUUCAGUAUCCAAACCUUUGAUGGUGAUGGGCCAUUAGGAUAUCCCAUUAUA